AUGUCUACCACACGCAUCGUCGAGUUAUCCACUAGGAUAGCCGCCAACACAAUAAAAUUAGAUGAAUACCUCAAAUCUCACAACCUCCUAACGCCUUCCUUCGACGUAGACGGGCCACUAGAUACCCUAGUGCCAAAAGAUGAAAUCGAGAUCGAAAAAUCACGCAUCUCUAUCAUUGAAGACACCACAGAGCUCCGGCGAUUAGCUCUAGGGCCUAAAGAGCAUCUUAUGAAUUUCUCACAAAACGACCUCCUAAGCCAAGACGCAAUCUCGCACCUAAGCAUAGCCCACGGCUUUCCCGUCGGUUCAGAAACCACGUUCUUGGAAAUCGCGGCGCGAGCAGGCAUCCGUGAAGUGCGUGCGAAGCAAAUCGUUAGACACGCGAUUGCGCGGGGUAUUUUCUGUGAGCCUAGACCGGGCGUUGUGGCGCAUAGUGCUGCGUCGAGGAUUUUGGUGGAGGAUAGGGGUGUGAGUGAUUAUGUGGGCGCUAAUACCGAGGAGCUUUGGAGGGCGGCAACGUGCAGUGUUUUUGCGUUGGGACGGUUUCCGGGGUCGGAGGAGCCUAAUGAGACGGGUUUCGCUUUGUCGAAUCGAACGGAUAAGUCGUUUUAUGAGUUCUUUUCUGAACAUCCGGGACGGGCGCGAAGGUUUGCGAAUGCGAUGAGUGCGUUUACGGGGAGGACGGGGUAUGAGUUGAAGCAUAUCGUGGAUGGAUUUGCUUGGGGGGAGGGGAAGGAUAAGAUGGUUGUUGAUGUCGGUGGUUCUCAAGGCUUCGCCAGCUUCGCACUAGCACGCGCUUUCCCGUCCCUCUCCUUUGUGGUGCAAGACCUCGAGCCUGUAGUCGAAGCUGCGAAGAAGGAUGCGCCCGCGGAUGUUGCUGAGCGCGUCUCAUUCCAGUCCUACGACUUUCUUACCUCGGAGCAGCCCGUGAAAGGCGCGGGUGUUUACUUCUUCCGCUGGAUCUUCCAUGAGUGGUCUGAUAAGUACGCAGUCAAAAUCUUGCAGAAUCUUAUCCCGGCGUUGAGACCCGGUGCGAAAAUCGUGGUUAAUGAUGAAGUUCUACCGGUCCCGGGGACUGUGGGGGCGUUUGAGGAGUUGAGGAUACGGGACCUAGAUCUUACGAUGGCGGAACUCCAGAAUUCGCACGAGCGAGAGCUGGAUGAUUGGAAGAAACUGUUCAAAAGUGCUGAUGAGCGAUUUGAGUUCCUAGAGGCGAAGAGACCAGAAGGCUCGAAUAUGUGGGUUAUCGUUCUUGAGUGGAAGGGUAACUAAUUGGAGUUUAUCGACGGUGAAGCCCAAGAUAG